AUGAGUCAUAUACCAACUAUAUACCUGACAUGGACUGGUGCCAAUGGCGAAAAGACAUGUUUGAACAUCUUGUUCCCAGCGUCAGAGCCAAUUUACGAACAAACAAAGUCUUUGCGCCAGGGCUUCACAGAUCUUUUCGGCCACGUCGCUGAGAUGCUACGAGCCAAGAAGCUGCCCUUGACGGAUGCUGUCCUCCACUACGCGGCAGGUGAAUGGCCGUCCCACGUCAAGAAUUUCCUGCAACGAGGCGGAACAGUAUACGCAGUCGUGCAAGCCUGUUUUGACUGUGCCAUGAAUCAAGACAUCUACCUGGGGGACGGCGAACAUCACCUCACCUUCCAAAAAGACAUUGACGCAAUGCCAGCCUGCAGAAACGAUGGAGAAUUCGUCUUCGCCCGCCGUCAAUGUCGGAGAUUGGAAGGGUUGCCCGACGAGCCCCAUGAUAAGCUCCCCGCGUCCAGUGCCUCCACCAGCAAUCCUACGUCCAACGAGACCUGA